AUGGAUAUGGACGAAAUAGACUUCGAUGACACUGAUGGCAAUGCACAAGGCAUAUCCACGUUUAUGGCGUGGUACAAAGGUAUGGAACGAUUCAACAAGUGGAUGGCACGUGCAUGUUCGCGGCCAUUCUUCAUACUAGAAAAUGUUCUCGAUAAUAUUCAGAGUUUUGUUACUGCUCAUUCCGUGUCUUAUUCAUUUUGUAUGUGUACUACUAUAACUGUAGCACUUUCUGCUACAGUUGUUGGCGUCGGGGUUGGUGUUGGAGUCGGAGUUGGAACUGGCAUUGCUUGCAGUAAUGGAAAUUGA